UUGUAAUAAAUGACAUGUUUGUAAAAUGUACUACAUGAUCCAAUUGUGCAUAUGUGAGCCGCAACAUAAGUUACCAUGAGGCAAUCUGACUGGACAACAUAGUUGUGUGUAACAAUAAACGUGACAAAUAAAGUUAGGCGGCGAAAUUCAUAUUUUUAAGUUGGGUUGGAAAGUACUCCCUCCGUUCCAUAAAGAUUGACAUGAAUUUGAACCGAACUAGUUCAAAUCCGUGCCAAUCUUUAUGAAACAGAGAGAGCACUGAUAAGAGAAAGAGGCCCGGGGAAUUUAUUAACUUUCCGUUUCAAGCAUUCCUUCCAGCUAGUGCACCCACCAGAAGACUCUGGUCAGAACAAGAGAACUAGUCACCGGCCGUCCCCUCCAAUCUCCCCUCCAAACCCCUGCCCCCCUCCAAACCCCUAAUAAUCCUCUCCUGUCUGAAGAACAUUCUUCAAUCUUGGCACAUCCGAUCCGUGAGGAAGAAGCCGGAGAAGGUUGCGAUGGGGUGCAUGCCCACCGUUGCCAUGCUGCUCGUGCAGAUUGGCUUCGCAGGGAUGAACCUGCUGUCCAAGAUGGCUCUGGACAACGGCAUGAGCCCCUACGUGCUCGUCACCUACCGCAGCCUGAUAGCUGCCGUCUUCCUCUCGCCCUUCGCCGUUUACUUCGAGAGGAAUAUGUGGAUACUGAUGACCAAGAAAGUAAUUAUCCAGAUAUUCCUUUCCUCCAGUCUCGGCAUGACGCUGAGCGAGGUACUCUUCUUCACGGGGUUCCGGUGGACCAGCGCGACCGUGGCCGUCGCGAUCGGCAACAUCGUCCCGGCGCUGACCUUCGUCAUUGCCGCGGCUCUCAAGAUGGAGACGGUGCAGCUGAAGACGGCCGCCGGGCAAGCCAAGGUGAUGGGCACGGCCGUCUGCGUCGGCGGCUCCAUGAUCAUGCCCAUCUACAAAGGCCCACUGCUGAAGGUCUGGGCCUCCCCCAUCCACUGGCGCUACGCGGAGCACGCGGCGGCAGCGGCUGCCGCGCCGACACCGGCCAGUGCCGCGCUCGGCGACGUCCUCAUCAUCCUUAGCUGCGUCUCCUGGGCCGCCUGGCUCGUCAUGACGAACAAGACGUCGGAGAGUUUCUCGGCGCCGUACACGAGCUCGACGAUCAUGUCGCUGAUAGUCGGGGCGGAGAGCGCGGCCGUCAGCGCCGCCGUGGACCGGAGCCUCUGGGCCUGGAAGCUCGGGCUCGGCAUCAGGCUAUACUCCGUCCUCUACAUGGGGAUCAUCGGCUGGGGCGUCACGUUCGCGGUGAUGACGUGGUGCGUCCAGACGCGCGGCCCGCUCUUCGUGUCCAUGUUCAACCCCGUGGUGCUCGUGGUCGUCGCCCUUCUCGGCUGGGCUUUCCUCGACGAGCAGCUGCACCUCGGAAGUGUCAUUGGUGCCGUGCUCAUUGUUGUCGGGCUGUACAUGGUGCUGUGGGGCAAGCGGAAGGAGAUCGAUGACUAGAUGAGCGGAUCUCCCCCAAACUCUACGUCAACGCAUGGUGACACGGGAACCACGGACGAACGGCCUUGAAUUGAAUCGAGCGGGAACGAUGCGGAAAACGGCGAAGCGUCUAUAUGGAGUGACUGUAAUAGUACCUUGAUUAUCUAUACUUUGGAGUAUCUGAUUUGAACCGUAGGUAUCUGAUUGCUCUAUUUCCGACUCAAUCCCCUCCCUUCAGGCUUCUGUUAUUGUGCAGUUCCAAUUAGUUCUUUUUUUUUUCACAGAAGAAAAUGGUAGGUUGCUAA